AUGUCUACGAGUGCAGAAGGGAGUGUCACUAGCACCUCCAUGACCGGUUUCACUGCUACCUUUUUCCUCCCUGGUAGCAAUAAGCGGGUCACCUUCUACGGGAAAUUAAAAGUCCUCGUCCAAACGUUCAAGUGUUCCAAUGCAGUACUCAGAUACGACAACGAUACCCAACUCACCGACGCUCGCCAGCUUAAUGGUCAGAUCGGAGUUGACAACUUGAAGCUCACGCUUGACAAUGGGGCCGUCUUCGAAGGAGUGCUAGAUAUGCCGAUCUCUCCCGCCAGCUCUGUCUCCGGGAGCGGUAACUGGGAAACUAAGACGGGUACAAUCAUGAGUAGAAUACCAGUGAACGGAAGUUCUUCUGUUUCCUUUGCAGAUUCGUCGAUGACACCCACUAAGCUGACGGGACAUAUAUCAGAACGGCUGAUACCGCCACUUAGGUCCUGA